AUGGCGAUGUACGAUGUUGGCCUGAGGGGCCUUCAUCACCUCAUCCGUCGUGAUGAUAGUGAUGACCCCAGUAAAACGCCGCCCACGGCAUCGGCGCUCGUCACCACUCUCGUUCCCGCAUUGGUGUCAGCCGCAGUGAUGGUCUUGAUCUUCUUAAUCCUUCGACGCAGUGAGCGCCGGAUGUAUAUGCCACGGACGUACCUGGGAGUCUUGCAGCCCUGGGAGCGCACCCCUCCCUCGUCAACUACUCCAUGGGGAUGGAUCAUGGACAUGUACAAGUUACCCGAUGAGUAUGUCCUGCAACAUCAUUCAAUGGACGCCUACCUUCUACUUCGCUUCCUCAAAAUGGUUUCCAUGAUCUGCCUGGUGGGUGCGCUCAUUACAUUCCCGAUCUUGUUCCCGAUCAAUGCAACUGGUGGUGGGAACAAUCAGCAAUUGAACAUCCUGAGCAUGUCCAACAUCGAAGAAAGCAAGUACGCGCGUUACUUCGCCCAUGCUUUUGUUGCAUGGCUCUUCCUUGGUUUUGUCAUGUACACCGUUACACGCGAAAGCAUCUUCUACAUUAAUUUGCGCCAGGCCUACGCCCUUUCCCCUGCCUACGCCAGCCGACUUUCGUCCCGGACCGUUCUGUUCACUGCGGUCACUCAGGACUAUCUCAGCCGCGACAAGAUUCGCAAAAUGUUUGGUGUCGACAAGGUGAAGAAUGUCUGGAUUGCUACCGAUACUUCUAAAUUGGAGGAGAAAGUCAAGGAACGGGAUGAUGCCGCCAUGAAGCUCGAAGCGGCGGAAACAAAGCUCAUUACUCUCGCAAAUGGUGCACGCCUCAAGGCUAUGAAGAAGCAGGGCAACGUUGAAGACGGCCCACUUACACCCAGUGAAGAACCUAGUGACGAAUCGGGCUCAGUUGCAGCUCGCUGGGUCAAACCGUCGGAGAGGCCCACGCACAGGCUCAAGAUGCUCAUUGGAAAGAAGGUUGAUACGAUCAAUUGGGCCAGAUCAGAAAUCGAGCGCCUGACCCCCGAGAUCGAAGAGCUUCAGGCCAAGCAUCGUGCUGGUGAUGCGAAGUUAGUUUCGUCCGUCUUUGUCGAGUUUUAUCAUCAGCCAGAUGCUCAGUCUGCAUUCCAGUCCGUGGCCCACAAUUUACCUCUGCAUAUGGCACCGCGCUAUAUUGGGCUGGAGCCUACCCAGGUUAUCUGGUCCAAUCUCCGCAUUCGGUGGUGGGAGCGCGUCAUUCGUUACUUUGGAACUGUCGCCUUCGUUGUUGCUCUGGUCGUGUUUUGGGCCAUCCCCACAGCCGUGGUGGGUUCCAUCUCGAACAUUACCUUCUUGACCGAAAAAGUUCCUUUCCUUAGGUUUAUCAACCAUGUCCCAAGUUGGAUCAGAGGUGUUAUCACCGGUCUUCUCCCUACCAUUCUAAUGUCCGUGCUGAUGGCGUUACUGCCGAUCAUCCUCAGACUGAUGGCCAAGCUUGGCGGUGCUCCGAGCGCUGCGGCUGUUGAGUUGACCACCCAGAACUUCUACUUCGCAUUCCAAGUCGUCCAGGUAUUCUUGGUUGUCACCAUUGCGUCGUCCGCUUCUAGUGUAGUUUCCGACAUCAUCAACAACCCUACAUCUGCUGCGCAGCUCCUGGCUCAAAAGAUCCCUCAAGCUUCCAAUUUCUAUAUCUCCUACAUCAUCUUGCAGGGACUGUCCUUCAGCGCUGGUGCGCUUCUUCAGAUUUCCGGUCUGAUUCUGGGCAAGGUCCUUGGGACGCUAUUGGAUAACACUCCUCGCAAGAUGUAUAAUCGCUGGUCCUCGCUUUCUGGUCUGGGCUGGGGAACCGUAUAUCCCGCGUUUACCUUCCUGGUAGUCAUCGCCAUCACCUACUCGUGUAUUGCCCCAUUGGUGCUCGGGUUCGCCACCAUCGGUCUCUACCUGUUCUACUUCGCUUAUCGGUACAAUAUGUUAUAUGUGUCUAAUGCAGAUAUUGACACCCAGGGCAAGUGCUAUGUGCGGGCCUUGCAGCAUAUCACCGUUGGCUGCUACUUGCUCAACGUCUGCCUCAUCGGUCUCUUCGCCAUUGCAACGGGCGCUCGUCGGAUAGCCCUUGGCCCUCUCAUCCUCAUGAUUAUCUUCCUAGUGUUCAUGGUCAUUUAUCACGUUUCUCUCAACCAAGCGCUGGAUCCUCUCAUCAACUACCUCCCUAAGAAUCUGGAAGCUGAGGAAGAGGCCCUUCUUUCCCAUGAGAAGGGAGAACUUGGUUUAUCUGCCGGCGAGCAAUCCGAUGGUGCCGGCGCCAGUGGAGCUGGAAAGGAGGGCGUCGACAAUGGUAUGACCAACGUUGACUCGGCCGAGAAGGGCCUGACUAGACCCGUUCCGGAGCCGGAGGGAAAUUUCUUGACCAAGUAUUUGCGCCCAGAUAAGUACAGUAGCUACGCCCAGCUGCGACGUCUUGUCCCCAACGCCUACUCCGCGACCAGUUAUGCCCCAGAAGUUGAACGUGACGCGUAUUUCCACCCUUCCAUUACUUCCCAGCCGCCUCUCCUGUGGAUCCCUCGGGACGAAUUGGGAGUGAGCAAGCAGGAAAUCAAGCAUACUGCGCGAGUGAUCCCUAUCACGGACGAGGAUGCAUGGCUGGACGAGAAGAACAAGAUUCACUGGGACAUGGACAAGGGCGUUCCACCCAUCUAUGAGGAGAAGAUCUACUACUAA